AUGUCUGAAGAAGUAGUCGAGGAGAUGCUGGAGGAGGAAGAAGCUCCACCUGCAAUAGAAGAGCCUGCAGAGGAAGAGCCUGCAGAGGAAGAGUCUCCAGCUGCAGAUGAAGAUGACUCCAAACCCAAACCAAAGGCAUUUGCUGCACCUAUAGCUGUGCCAAAGAUACCAGAGGGAGAAAAAGUCGACUUUGAUGACAUCCACAGGAAGCGUCAAGAGAAGGAUCUGACUGAGCUGCAGUCUCUGAUCGAGGCCCACUUCAUCCAGAGGAAGAAGGAUGAGGAGGAGCUCAUCGCUCUCGUUAACAGGAUCGAGAAGCGGCGUGCUGAGAGGGCUGAACAGCUGAGGGUUCGUACUGAGCAGGAGAAGGAGAGGCAGGCUCGUCUCGCUGAAGAGAAGGAGAGGAGGGAGCAGGAGGAGGCACGAAAGAAGCACGAUGAGGACGCCAAGAAGAAGAAGGCUCUGACAAACAUGACUCAGCAAUAUGGCGGCGUCCAACAGAGGCAAGAUGGAAAGAGGGGAGCGAAGAAGCAGACAGAGAGAGAGAAGAAGAAGAAGAUCCUGGCGGACAGGAGGAAGCCUCUCAACAUCGACCAUCUCAGCGAGGACAAAGUGAAGGAGAAGGCUGGCGAGCUGUGGCAGUGGCUGAUGACACUGGAGGCCGAGAAGUUUGACCUCACCGAGAAACUGAAGAGACAGAAAUAUGAUAUCAAUGUACUGCAGACCCGAAUCAAUGAGCAGCAGAAGUUCGCCAAAGGAAGAGGCAAGGCCAAGGGCAGGCUGAGAUAG